AUGGAUAAUUCUGGCGGCGAUCGAGGCUGGGGGGUCCGCGCCAACCUCAAUCCGCCAGAGGUGCCGCCUGACCCUCUUCCGUCCGUCAGGUAUUCGGACGAGAUGCGCCGCCUGAUCCAGCAGCAGGCUGGGACCGAGCCGGCCGUGGCUGAGCCGGUCGCCGCCGCCGCCGCCGCCGCCGCCGGAGCCGCCGGACAGGAGGAGACAGCCGAGCUGGAUGGCAGCUUCACCGACCUCGGCCUGCCCGACGGCGAUGACACUGUCGGGCCAUCUGUCCUGCGGCUGCGCGUGGAGUUUGAGCGCCGCAUCGCCACCUUGCGGCAGCAGCUGGGACGCAAGUUGGCCUCCCAGACGCGAGAUGUCAGGACAGAGCUGGAGCGCAAGCACAGAAAGGAAGUGACCGAGCUCGAGAGGAAACACCUGACGAAAAUGGCGCAGACGGUGGAGCGGUACAAGAAGGAAGCGGAGGCGGGCCGCCGGGAGGCUGAGAGGCAGAUCAGCGAAGUCCGCAAUCAGCUGAUUCAGGAACACCAGGACGAAGUGCAGCGCCUGACACAGAAGCACCAGGAACAGAAGGCUGAGAGCGCCGGUCCAGCCGACGGCGCCGGCGACGCCCGGCCUGCGACGACGCAGCUGGAGGAGGAGGAGGACGGCCGGCGCCAGAUGCUGCUGGCCGAGCUGGAGAACCUCUCGUUCGAGAUGAAGAAGAAAAACCAGUCAGAGCAGGAGGCGUUCCUGGAGCAGCAGCGGCUCUCGAUGGAGCGGUUCGCGCGCCAGCAGGAGCGCGCCGUGCGCCAGCUGGAGGCGCGCCAGCAGGCGGCGCGCGACGAGGCGGCGCAAGCCGAGCGCGAGCUGGCGGCGCUGCGCGCGCAAAGCGCCGAGGCCGAAAUCGGCCGCGACCAGGAGGUGGCCCGCUGGAAGCUGGAGCUGGCAAGCGGCUACGAGACCCAGAUCAAGGCUGUUCUCGCCGGGGUCAGUCUGGACGAGGAGACGGCCAGCUCUGUGGCGCAGCUGCGCGCCGCCCUGCAGUGCGACAGUGGCGCCGCCCUGGCGGAGCUGGAGGCGGCCCAUCAGGCGGAACUGCGGGCGCUGGAGGAGACCCUAACCGAGGAGCUGGAGUCGCUCCAGGAGCGGCUCGGUAGCGACCUUCUCGACUGUAGCCACUUCGGCGAGGGUUUGUCUCUGGAGCUGGACGGGUUGCGGCUGCAGAUCCGCCAGCUGGACCAGACCCGGCAGCGACUGCAGAGCCACCUGGGGCCGGCCGACGAAGGCGCCACCAUCGAGGUGGCGCGCGAGGAGCUGGAGCUGCUGCACCGCGACCGGUAG